AUGAAUUGGAUUUCAGAAACUAACACGGCAACGGGGACGCUGGGUGUCGACUCACUCAAAUUAUCACGCAGCAGCCAUCACUGCCUGUCAAACUGUGCCGGUGUGGCCCUGCUGUCCCCCCGCAGGCGCCGCACCAGGCGAAGAAUCACGCUGCAGCAGGUGCCCCCAAAACAAACAUCUAACGGAUGCGACGUUCCCGUUCGCCGCGGCGUCCGCCGUCACUCGCCAUUUCCCUCAACGCCAUCGCAGCUAGAAGCGGUGAGUAAAGAAGUGAAAAGGGGAAGAAAAGGAGAACUUGAGUCAAGGCCGUGGCUAAAACCGCCGAAGCGUGCCCCAGCCGGAGCGCGCAACGUUGGGAUGCGUGAAAAACAGCAGUUCACGCUAUAA